AUGGCCAGCUUCUUCGACUUCGUCCGCGAUCAGCGCACCAAGCUCCCCAUUGUCCAGGCGCCGGCCACCCUCACAGGUGGAACCUACGUCGUGACCGGCGCCAACACGGGCCUGGGCUUCGAGUGCGCAAAGCACCUGGUCCGGCUCGGUGCCGCCCGCGUCGUACUGGCCGUUCGUUCGCGCGAGAGGGGCGAUGCCGCCCUGAUGGCAAUUCGGAAAGCAACUGGCCGUCACGACGUGGGCGAGGUGUGGGAGUUGGACCUCGCGUCGUCUGACUCGAUCGAGGCGUUCGCCAAACGGCUGGACGCGCUUGACCGGUUGGACGCGCUGAUCGAGAACGCGAGCAUUAUCAUAACACGAUUCAAUGUCGCCGAGGGCAUGGAGCUGAGUCUCAUGGUCAACGUCGUCGGCACGAUGCUGCUGGCCGUCCGCGCACUGCCCAAGCUUCAGCAGUCGGCGCACAAGUUCAACAUUCAGGGACACCUCGUGGUCGUCUCCAGCACCGCGGCCCUCGGUUCGAAAAUGAAAGGAACUGUGGAUGGGCUCCAGGGCGACGUCUUCGAUGCGCUGAGCCAGGAAAAGAAUUUCAACGCACGUGUCCAGUACCCCACGACCAAACUGCUGCAGAUCUACGCCGUGCGCCAGCUUGCUUCGCUAUUCCCCGUGUCCGAAACGAACGUCAUUAUCAAUAUGACGAACCCCGGCCUAUGCUACACGGAACUGGACCGCAAUCUCCCCUGCGUGGGCCGGCUGUAUAUGGCCGGGAUGCGAAAAAUGUUGGCGCGGACCGCGGAGGAGGGCAGCUGGAUGCUUCUUCAGGCCGCCUUCGCCAGCACCGAAAGCCACGGCAAGUGGUGCUCGGAAUGCGCGAUCAAAGAUCAUGUCAUCCCCCCGUGGGUAUCCGAUAACGACGGCGCCCGCACGCAGAAGCGCGUCUGGGUGGAUCUGGUCAAGAGAUUGGACGCUCAAGGCCACGGGUUGGAUGUCGGGAGGCUUUUGGCAGAGACAACCGAGGCAAACUGA